AUGUCGGAUGUAAAUCCAGUAGGUCCAUAUGGAACCAUUGCAAAUGGCCAUCACGAACAGAGGAUGAUUCAGGAGGCCAUGCCCCUGAAAACCACUAUCACUUUGAAUUGGGCUGUUUCGCGCAACUACAGGUUUGCUAUAUUUCCUGAUUGCAGAAGCUCAGAUGGCUCUACUGAUCUCAAGCUCCAUUGUUGCAUAAACUGGAAAUCGCACUAUGACAUGGAGGAAAGGCUUCCAAACAAACCAGAUUUUCCAAGCUUUGAUGCACUGAAAAACAUUUUCACAUGCUCUGCUGAUGCCCAUGGUGUCACAUUCAUGUUCCGCCAAGUGUUGCAACAAUUGGUGCUGUGCCUUCAUAUGAUCCCCCAGGCUUUUGCUCAUAUCUCCAAUUGCUAA